AUGACCGGCGUCAAUCCAGCCAUCUUCCAGGACCUGCAGGCCCGUGUCGACGAGGAUACUGCGGUGCGCGAUGAACUGAAAGACAUCAUCCAAGCGCUCGAGAAGCAGAUCUCCGACGUCCUCGGCGCAGCCAAAGAGCCCAUCGACAAUGUUGUAGAGACGGUCGGCAAGCUCUCGCAAGCUGCGUCCAAGAUGCCGUACUAUAAGUUCAACAAUAUGUGGAGCCGUCAGAUGCAGGGUGCCGUAUGUUGUGGCACUGUCACCACAUGUAACGUCGGACUGACAGCAUCACAGGUCGAAGGUCUGCUGUUCUGGGGCUGGCUUGGAGGCUACAAGUACGAGGGCGGCGAGAUCAAGUGCGGACAGCUUCUCACUAUUGAAGAUUUGGGCGAAAUCCUGCACAUCCCCGUCAACCUCAAAGACCGCGAUGAGUUCCACCUCACCAUCGAAGAGUAUCUGCAAUCUCUCAUCUCGCUCGUGGAAGAGCUGACUCGUCUCGCUCGCAACGCCGUCACGCUCGGCGACUACGAGCGCCCGCUUCUGAUUAACCAGUUCGUCAAGGACUUGCAUGCGGGCUUCCAGAUUCUCAACCUCAAGAACGACAGUCUGCGCCGCAGGAGCGAUGGGCUCAAGUACAGGGUCAAGGAUGUGGAGGAUGUCGUGUACGAUCUUUCGCUGAGGAACUUGCUGCCGAAGAAGGAGUAG